AUGUCCGCUCAUCCGCCACGCCGUCGUAAAUACUUCACCGUGGCGGUGAUUUGCGCUCUUCUCCUCGAAUUCGAUACUGUUAUAUCGAAUUCUAACGAGUUGUGGGACGGACUUGAGAACAAUCUCGGUAAGGCUCAAGGGGAUACAAACAACUAUACGCUUGGUGGAAUUGGCAGACAAAACGCUGUCCUCGUUCUCCUCCCCGGCAUAAGAAAGGUCAACGCGGCGAACACUACAGCCAAACUUCGGUCCAAUUACGGUUGUAUCAGGCUGGCUGUUUUGUGUGGCAUCUGCGGCAGUGUGCCCAACGCGGAUAGCGAAGGAGAGGUGUUGCUUGGGGACGUAAUUCUCAGCAAUAGUCUCGUUCAAUACGACCUGGGUCGACUACACCCGCAUAAGUUCGAGACCAAAGACGCCGUGAAAAACAUCGGCCAAAUAAUGCAGAUGUGCUCUUUCAACCCGACUACACUCACAUAUAUCGGAGAGAACUUGAGUGCGACUGCAGCGAGCUUCACGCUUGUGAAGAAGCGAAGAAAGCGACAUGUGACGAACUCGGCUGUGACAUUGGCCGCUGAGUGCCUCGAAGACGCCUCGGGGGUCAGAGAACACAGCCUCAUCGCCUUUGAAAUGGAGGGCGCUGGAGUCUGGGUCGAGUUACUUUGCAUCAUCACCAAGGGAGUGCACAACUAUGCCGACAGUCACAACAACAAGGCCUGGCAACAUCGUGCUGCUGCAACAGCCGCGGCAGCAACCAGAGUCCCCGUCGAUCACUAUGCGCCUGCGCCGGCACAGUCGCCGGUUGGCCAGGCUAGAGAUUGA